CGCCGUCGUCGAGCAUCGAACAAAAGCUGCCCGCUACGAGGCGCACAGUCUGUCGUCGGUCGGUUGCUUGUCCUCAUCGCGUGUGGCGUGUAUUCUGUCGUGAAGCGUUUUCUCCGGGUGGUGCUGCAUUGCGUGGAAGCAACUGGAAUAGAUCUGACCUGUUUCCCCUGGCUCAGCUUACCGGAAGUGUGUGUGUGUGUGUUCAGAAGUGUUGAAAGAUUCCCAGAAAAACUAACCACAAAGGACUUGAAAUGGCUGUCCUGCAAUCGAUGAUCCUGGCCAGUGUCCUGCUGCUGUCGUUCGUUGUACAAAGAGGUGAUGCAAUCCGAUGCUUCGUGUGCAACAGUGCGGAUGAUUCGAUGUGCGCGUACGAUACGCCACCGACGGAAAUGCAGAUCGACUGUGACACCUACAAGGAUGGCAACAAGUACACCUUCUGCCGGAAGAUUAUCCAAUCGAUCGAAUUCGCCGUCAAUAACCUUCCUCCGGACACCAGAGUGAUCCGUGGUUGCGGUUGGGACGAAUCAUCCUACAAGGGCAAAUGUUACCAACGUUCUGGAUUCGGUGGCCGUCAGGAGGUGUGUGCCUGCUUGGAAGACAACUGCAACGGUGCAUCAUCGGUGCAGGUUACUCUCGGUUUGGUGUUGGCUGCCGCACUUGCAUUCCUAGUUCGUGCUUAAUCCCAUUCAAAGAGCGUGACGUAACGUGUGCCGCCGUGGAAGCGUCGAUAGUAGCUUUAUUUAUGGAUCUUUGGUUAUAUAGUGCUAUGAAUUGAAUAAGCAAGAACACCCUGCUGCCAUUUUUUCUCUCAAUUUGUCACUGUGGAUUUUCAUUUUGAUCCGAAUACGUUCGAAAGUCGUGCGUCGUAAGAAAUAAUAAGAUCAAAACAGUUCACAUUGUAGGUAUUUUAAAAAUAAGCAAACAACAGUAGCAUAAGAGGCAAUGAAUUCUACUCGAGCCGAAUUCUGUAGUUUAAAAUCAAAUCAAAUUGGAUAAUGAUCAAUUAUAGAGAGAGAGACAACAACAAAACUAUAAUGAUCAAACAAACAUCCACUGAAGAGCAUACUGUUGAAUAGUCAAUAGAUUUAUUUUUUUAAUUAUAUCGCUAUAGUAUUGUUAGGACUAGGUUCAAAAAUCACAUCUUGCUGUAAAAGUACUGUAUUUUUUGGGAGCUUUUCGUAGAAGCAGCUAUUCUUGGCUGGCUGAUAGAAUGGCCAAACUUUGAUGGGACAGUCUUGGAGCAAUGAACUUUCAUGUCGGUUCCGUUCCGAAUAAAAAACAAACCAAAAGAAACACGUGUGCUCGGUUAAGGUGACAUUCGUUCCGGAAAAGUUUUAGAAAAGUUUGUCCGUUCACUCAAAAGUUGCUCGCCAUAGUAUGGAAGCAUGAAAAGCAUUCUUUUGUAAAUAUCUGUACUGUAGUACGUGGGCGUUCUGUUUUUAAGUUUAGUAGCGAUCGCAGAAUAGUUGUUAAGGAUACCGUUUUUUUUUUAAAUUAUGGCUUUUUAAGUGAACAAUUAUUUCGAACAGAUCUGACAUCAACAACACCGAAGGAAGCAACAAUAAAGCUGAUUAUCGAAUAGAAAA